AUUGAUUCGUAAAACCUAAACAAAACAAAUCAAAUUAAACACAAGAAGAGCAUUACGACAAUGGAGGAGAUCCAGAAAGUUGUUCAACUCCUCGAAUUCCCUUCUCUGCCUCUUCUCCUUGCCACGUUAGCCUUCAUCUUCUUCCUGGUGAAAAGAUCAUCCGCAAAAUCGAGCCAGAAAAAUGUGAAAUUACCUCCAGGCCCUCCAAAGCUGCCGGUGAUCGGACACCUCCACCACAUGGUCGGCGAGCUGCCGCACCGCCUGCUGACUCGGAUGGCCCGGCAGUACGGACCGGUGAUCCAUCUCAAGCUGGGAGAAAUAUCAACGGUGGUGAUUUCAUCUCGGGAGGCAGCCAAGGAGGUCCUGAAGGUCCAGGACCCAGCCUGCGCAGACAGACCCGACAGCAUCGGGACCAAGAUCCUGUGGAAAGGCGACUUCAUAUUCAGUCAGUACAACGAGUUCUGGCGGCAGAUGAAGAAAGUCGCGACGGUGGAGAUGCUGAGCAUAAAAAACGUUAGAUCGUACGAAUACAUCCGCCAGGAGGAGGCGGCGCGUCUGGUGGCGACGGUACGGACGGCGGCGGGAGAGGCGAUGGACCUGACGGAAAAGAUGUACGCCUACUCGUCGGCGAUGACGUGUCGGGCGGCGCUGGGGACGGUGGCGAAGAACAACAGCGCCGUCCUGGUGGAGCUGAUGAAAACGGCGAAUCCGAUGGCGGCGGGAUUCGAAUUGGCCGACUUAUUUCCUUCCUCGAAGCUCCUAAACAUUCUCUGUCUGAACAAAUACAAACUCAUGUGGAUGCGCCGGAAGCUCGACAAGGUUCUCGACGCCGUCGUAGAGGAGCACAAGCUCGGCCGGAGCGGCGAGUUCGGCGGCGAGGACACCGUCGACGUCUUGCUCCGGCUAACCACCGACCCUCGUCUCCAGAACAUUCUCACCCUCGACGGCAUUAAAGGCGUCAUCUUCGAUUUGUUUACGGCGGGGACAGAAACAUCGUCGACGACGAUGAACUGGGCGAUGACGGAGCUAAUGAGGAGUCCACGUGUAAUGGCGAAGUUACAGUCGGAGAUAAGAGAAUCCUUAAAAGGGAAGACGACGGUGGAAGAUUCGUACCUACAGAGUCUGCCAUACCUAAGCCGUGUAAUAAAAGAAACCCUAAGGCUACACCCGCCGGUGCCGUUAUUACCGAGGGCUUGCCGGACGGAGGACUGCACGGCGGCGGGGUACACGAUUCCGAAGAACGCGAAGGUGGUGGUCAACGCGUGGUCAAUGGGGAGGGAUCCGAAGUACUGGGACCGGCCGGACGAGUUCAGACCGGAGCGGUUCGAGAAUAACUCGGUCGACUUUUUGGGGAACGACAUGGAACUGAUACCGUUUGGGGCGGGGAGAAGGCUUUGUCCUGGGAUGAACUUCGGAGUGGCUAACGUUGUUCUGCCAUUGUCGCAGCUGCUGUAUCAUUUUGACUGGAAGUUGCCGGAGGGGAAGAGUUUGGAUGACGUGGAUCUGCUUGAGGUUGAGGGGCUGGUGAUGAUGAAGAAGAAUCCUCUGAUAUUAGUGCCCACACCCUACAAGGAAGAAUAAUUAAUUAAUUAAUAAUGCCAAAUUAAUUCACACUUAUUAGCGUUAUUGUUGCCUAUAUAUAUAUAUUUAUGUGUAAGAUUUGUUUUGUAAUUGAAUAAUGAUAAUUUGUAUGGGGAAUUUUCUCUUUU